UUGUUUAUGCAUGUGGCACAUGUACAUGUCCUUGACCAUAAUGGAGUAAUAGAGACAUCCGCUGUCAUCUGUGAAAUGCAAACAUAUUCAAUCGGACACGCGGCUUUACAUAAACGAAUAUAAUUUUAGCAAUCAUAUUAAUAAUUUUCUUAUUCAUUUUGAGGAUAAAUAAAAGUGCGCUUGCGUAAAUGGUUGUGAAAAAUACCAAAUAUCGAUAAUACGUGGCGCGUAAUUAUGUAUAAUUAUCCAUAUGUAUAAAUUCUUGAUUUUCAGUAAUCGGUUUUUAAUUAGAAAAGUCGACAGUGUCCUAAAUGUUUAUCAGUUAGUUCCUGUUUGGCAGCCAGACAGUUAACACACUUGUAACCAUGAUGCAAGGAGCGUGUAAGAAGUUUGGUAAUGUCAUGCAUAAGAUUACAACAUUUACAAGAAAAAAUCAUGGAAUGGCAGCGUUACAGCAAGCUGCUAUGGACCAGGAACGUUGUAUACUUGUAGACAAACAGGAUAAGUCUAUUGGCGAAGCUACAAAGGAAUUCUGUCAUAAAAUUGAUGAACAAGGAAGUUUGCCACUUCAUAGGGCAUUCAGUUGCUUCUUGUUCAAUAAUAAAGGAGACUUGUUACUUCAAAAACGAUCUAAAAAUAAGAUAACAUUCCCAGAUCUUUUCACAAAUACUUGCUGUAGUCAUCCAUUGGCAAACAUUCCUUCCGAAAAGGAAGAGAAAAAUGCUAUGGGUGUACGCAGAGCUGUAAUAAGAAGACUCAAUUAUGAACUGGGUAUACCCACUGAUGAACUCAAGCCUGAGGACACCUUUUAUUUGACAAGAAUCCACUACAUACUGAAGAGUAAUCCACAUUGGGGUGAACACGAGAUAGAUUACUUGAUCUUUGUGCAAAAAGAUGUCACUGUAAAUCCUAAUCCCGACGAAGUGAGUGAGAUUCGAUGGCUACCUAGAUCAGAGAUUGAAGACUUAAUAAAAAGUACGAUACCGCUAACACCAUGGUUCCGUUUAAUAUAUGAAUACAAAUUGCUGCAUUGGUGGGACAACCUACAUAAUUUAAAUAAGAUGCAAGAUCUUAAAAGUAUAACUAGAUUGUCAAUUUGAUUCCUGAAAAAUUCAUGUAGGCUAUAUGACAAUUUUGCUGAAAAUUUUCUACAUAUUUUAAAUUUUCUAUUUAAAAUAAUACACAUAUAGGAUUUGUUUACAGACCUGUAUUUUUUUACUUGAAUUUGUACAUGCGUAUUUUGAUAUAUGAUCCAGAUCUUUGGAGGAAAGCAAUUUAUUUAAUAAAAAGUUAGAUACAUAUACAAAAAUAAAAGAGAAAAAUAUCAAACCUAGUCCUUCUUCGAUCUGUAUAACAAAAAUGUAAUAUUUAUACAUAAUUUAAGCAUUUCUUGAAUGCAAAAAUGC